GUAAGCGCCCGGCCUUCUGUGCGGCUCCCAGUCUCGAGUUCCAGCAUCUGACAGCGCUAAGAGCUUCUCUGCUCUACUCCUCCCCGCGAUGGACCAUGCCGGAGAAUCACCCACCGACAAAGGCGCAGAAGCAGGGGCGUCAGAUGAAACGACCGCUGCUCCCGGGGCCCCGGAGCCUACCGACACCGACGGAAUGCCGGAGGAAACUGACGGAGACGGAGAUGCAGACCUAAAAGAAGCCGCGGCGGAGGAAGGCGAGCUCAAGAGUCAGGACAUCUCAGAUUUAACAGCAGUUGAAAGGGAAGAUUCAUCAUCACUUACUCCUGCAGCCAAAAAACUGAAAAUAGAUAGCAAAGAAAAGAAAGAGAAGAAGCAGAAGGUGGAUGAAGAUGAGAUCCAGAAGAUGCAAAUCCUGGUUUCUUCUUUUUCUGAGGAGCAACUGAAUCGUUAUGAAAUGUAUCGCCGGUCAGCUUUCCCUAAGGCAGCCAUUAAAAGGCUAAUCCAGUCCAUCACUGGCACCUCCGUGUCCCAGAAUGUUGUUAUUGCUAUGUCUGGUAUUUCCAAGGUUUUUGUCGGAGAGGUAGUAGAAGAAGCGCUGGAUGUAUGUGAGAAGUGGGGAGAAAUGCCACCACUACAACCCAAACACAUGAGGGAAGCUGUUCGGAGGUUGAAGUCAAAGGGGCAAAUUCCCAACUCAAAGCACAAAAAAAUCAUCUUCUUCUAGACAAAACCCAGGAAGCCCUGUUGCUAAGUAGUUCCAGACAUCCUCUUACAUGAGGCUUUCUACACUGGUGCUUCGGUAGCUCAGUCCUCCGAGGAUUUGAUGGUGAUGAUUUUAAUAUUUCUCAAAACUGGUAUUUGCUGUACCUAGAAGGCAUGCAGCUUGUUUCAAUCUUGUUUUGACUACAUUUUGGACCUUGUAGAGCAAUUUGAGGUAUUUCACCAUUUCUUGGCUAGUUGGAAGAAGAAAGGUGCGAGCCUUCAGCAUGUCCUCAACAGGGGAGCUGCUUUCAGAGACACAAAACUUGAGAGAGCUUUCAUGGCUUCACAUUGAAGCCUGAAGUUGCCAAGGCUUGGGUUUUUCUUACUUCUGGUUCUAAGUAGAUGGAACAACCACAGACUUUUGACUUGUGAUACUCUGCCAUGAAGGACAUGGUGGUAACAGGAGUAAUGGAAUAUCAUUUAAGACUCUACUGUGGAUUUUGGCGAGUGAUUAUUAAAGUUUUCCAGCUUGCUG